ACGGUGAUUGUGCGAUACAUAUUUUUCGCAUUUUCAUAAAAUUUCGCACUUUCACCGCAUUAUCAUAAACAAAUUGUGUAAUAAAUUAUCUGAUCUGAAAGCUCUGUCAUCUUGAAACACAGAAAUAUAGUGCAUACUCCCAAAUACUGGAUUUAUUUGUGGUUUUUACUUAAAGACUUGUUUUUGUGUGCAAAUUUGUUCCUGAUUUUGCAAAUUCACUAGAGAAACAGCGGCGUAUGGUCUAAAAAGAACCAUGGACACCAUUUUAAACAGUCGGUUAAUCAAUCUACAAUGAGGAUGAUGGGUCACUUCCACCGAGCACCAUCUUUACACAUUAUUCAAAUUAAGUGGGCGUGCGGGCUCGCAAGCCGCAUGCGUUGAUGGGAGCGACGUCGAACGGGGGCGGCGGGCGGGUUGCGCGUGCGCUGCGCCUGCUUUUGUUGGCGGUGCUGGCGCUGGCGGCCGUGGAGUACCUCUUCGGCUCCAUUCUAGACGCCUCGCCCCUCCGCACUUACCUGUACACGCCGGCUUAUAACGCUACGCAGCCCACUGUUAGAAUAACAGAGAAAUCAGUUACCUGGCCUAAAAAGCUGCCUUCCACGACAGUGAAUCAAACUGAAAACCCCAUAAAUUAUUUAGCCCCAAACGGAACUGUGAAAUCGAAUUUCAAAGACGUAACAGUAAACAGUAGUGUUGCCAACAUUACAGCGCAAAAUAUGACGCGAGCUAAUGCGAGUGAAAGCGUGCCACCGUUGAUCGGUCGGUUAAUGGGAAAUAUUAUUAAUUUUGUAACAGAAGUCAGCGAGAAGAAACAAAAGGAACCUGUGUUACCACUAUGUGAAAUUCCGUUAGAUUUAGGUCCAAUUUCGGUAAAUAAAACGGAAAUGGAAUUGGAAAUGGUAGAGAAGAAGUACCCGGAGGUUCACUGGGGCGGGAGAUAUUCCCCGCCAAACUGCACAGCGAGACACAAAGUUGCUAUUAUUGUGCCAUUCAGAGAUCGCAAGCAACACUUAGCUAUAUUUUUAAAUCAUAUGCAUCCCUUCUUGAUGCGGCAACAAAUAGAAUAUGGAAUUUUUAUAAUAGAACAAGAAGGCAAUAGUGAAUUCAACCGAGCCAAACUAAUGAACGUGGGUUACGCGGAGAGUCAAAAGCAGAAGGCCGGGGGCUGGCAAUGUUUUAUCUUCCACGACAUAGACCUGCUGCCGCUGGACCUGAGGAACAUGUACUCGUGUCCGCGACAGCCGAGACACAUGUCCGCCUCCAUAGACAAGCUUAACUUUCAGCUGCCCUACGAAGAUAUUUUCGGAGGAGUAUCAGCGAUGACCAAGGAGCAGUUUUGGGCCGUCAACGGAUUCUCUAACAAGUACUGGGGUUGGGGUGGAGAGGAUGAUGAUAUGUCAUAUAGGAUUAAGAAAAUGGGCUAUCACGUGGCAAGAUAUAAAAUGUCUAUUGCACGGUACGCCAUGUUGGAUCACAAGAAAUCACCGCCAAAUCCAAAAAGAUACCAGCUGUUGUCUCAAACGUACAAAAUGUUCCACACUGACGGCCUAUCGACCCUUCAGUACGAGGUGGUGCAAAUAACGCACAACCACCUUUACACUCAUGUGCUAGUGAAUAUAGACGAGCGUAGCUGAUGGACGUAUUUCGCCAAACUUUUGUUCGGCGAUGAACGGUAACACGACAGUGCUUGGACGCUAAGUGUUCCUAUAAUGUUAUGAUCUCUUAGUAUCCGUUUCAUUUAUCUAUGGUUUUGUGGUUAGGAGAUAUGUUUAUGAUCCAAUUACAGUCGUAGACGUAGAAUAUACGCGCUAAAUAAGGCACGUUUCGGAUCGGAUCGCAAAUAGGAAUAAUUUUUUCGGAAUUUCGUACGCCGUAUAUUAUUUCAAAUGUUGUAUGAUUCAUUAAUAAUAAUUUAAUGCUGUCGAAUUUCUGAACCAUUAUUCCGAUGCGAAUUUCUGAAUGUUUUUGUCUGGCCUAAGGUAUGUAUCUGAUUGAGUGCUAUGAUCAGCAUAAAACUGUUAAACUGAUACUUCGUGUCGCCGUCUCAAUUUUAUUAGUACCUACUGUUAGAAAGAGCAGCGAUAUAUUGCAGUUUGAUUGAAGCAAAAUGUAGUUAUAUAAAUAAAAUGUGUAAACUCGUACCACAGAAAUAGCUGUGACACUUAUACUAUUGCUUUGUCAUUCAAACAAAAAAGGAGUCAUUUUGAUGGAACCCAUACGCGUCAUAGUAAAACAUUUCUUUAUUAAGUUGAUUUCUAAAUGUAUACGUAAUGAAUUGUAAUAUAUUUGUAUAUAACAUAAACGAUGUUUAUCACUAUCCAGUCAUUCUUUUACUUUCUGACAGACAUUUCUUUAUGCAUUUUGUACGUUAUUAUAUUUUGUUAUACUUACUAUGAAUUUAUUCGUAAAUUAUAGCACUAUAAAAUUGUUGUACAGAUAACGACAAUAUUUGUGUAAAAAAUAGUUAAUUAAGGUUGUAAGUAAAUAAUUAUAGAAUAAAUUGCUUGCGAAUGUUAUAACUUUAUACAAACAUUGGUCAAACUAGAUUUAAAACUACGUAAUUGAUAAAUCAAGUCAAGUAUAAAUAUUUUACCUUAUUAUUUAGUGAAAUAUUUACAUACGUGUGUCUUAUAUUUAUUAAUCCGUGUUUCAGCCUGUUAAAAUCAUUCGCAUUAAAGCACAACUUUUUAUAUAUUAUUAGCUCGCCGCUACAGUAUUAAAAACGAAUCUCUUAAAAAUUAUUUAUAAUGUAACCUUUUAUUGAACUCUCAUA